UGCGUGUCUUCGAUUAUGGUUGGUGUGAAAUUUGGUCUCUUUAACUGCAGGAAAGAACGUGCCCGUGAAUUUCAGGUGUCUUGGGAAAAUAUUUGGACCCAAAUACUGUGAAAUAACAGGAAGAUUGAAAUCAAAACUGAACGGUCACGCGAUGCUGGGCGGCCAGCUGGCGUCACCAGACACUGCACACGGUCUCCUGCCCCUCUCGAAGCGAACACCCCCUGGUUAUAAGCAGAUGCUGUUAAAUUAGCAACUGAUUUCUUUGCCUCGGCCGACGUCGUCAAAAUGAGGUUCGCCUGGGUGUUGCUUCUGGUAUUGGGCGCAUGCGCUGUUGUGUCAGCCGAAAAACAGGAUUUUCAGACUGACAUGUGGAAUUUGACCUCCCAUCGGUUCGUGAUCUAGACAACUGACUGACCGAGUGUUGCGUUCUCAAACCGUGGUUCGUGUUACAGCGGACGCGACCUUCCUGAAGCGACAGCUGCAGGUUCUGAACCUACUCCGCCACCUGAACCAGCCGCUCACAGACCCCGAACUCACCGCCUUCAAGGACUCGUUCAGCCCGCUGAACAACCUGAACAAAUUCAAGGACCCAGCUGCAGUCAGAGAUUUCGUGGAAUUGGUGACGACGGGCAAACUACUGGAACGCGACGCGAUCUUCAGUCUGUUCAACCCUCGCCACCGCGCGCAGAUGGUGGCGCUGUUCAAGGUCCUCCACGGCGCCGUCGACUAUGACACGUUCUUCAAGUCUGCCGUGUGGUCCCGAGACCUCACAAACCCUCGUCAGUUUCUGUACGCGUUCAGCGUCGCGGUUCUGCAUCGAGAGGACUGCAGGGGCGUGAUACUGCCCCCCGCGUACGAGGUCACACCACACAUGUUCCUCACGACGGACGUCGUCAGGAAGGCGUACCAAGCCAAGAUGACGAGGACGCCGAUGGUAAUCCCGAUGAGAUUCACGGGCUCCGUGAACAACCCGGAACAGCGGGUGGCGUACUUCGGCGAGGACGUGGGUAUGAACUCCCACCACAGUCACUGGCACAUGGACUUCCCGUUCUGGUGGAGGUCGGAGGAGUUUGGCGAGCAGAAGGACCGACAGGGCGAGCUAUUCUUCUACAUGCACCACCAGAUGGUCGCCAGAUUUGACGCCGAGCGCCUCUCGAACAACCUGCCGGUAGUGGAGCCUCUGGAGUGGGACCAGAAAAUCGUCGAGGGUUUUGCCCCCGGUGCGACGUAUGAGAACGGACAGGAAUUUCCGAUGCGACCCGAUAACAUGAACUUCGGGGAUUUGCCGUGGCUCACAAUCCAGGACAUGAAGAUUGUGGAAGGCCGGAUACGGGACGCCAUCGCCUCCGGCUUCGUCAAGACGACCGACGCUGGGCUCAUCAGUCUUAACAACACCGCCGGCAUCGACCUGUUGGGGGGACUGGUCGAAUCGUCGGCUCGCAGCGUCAACCCGAUGUUCUACGGUCAGCUGCACAACGACGGUCACGUGAUGCUGUCCAAGGUCACGGACCCUCAGCAGCGGUACGGAAUGCCGCCCGGGGUCAUGGAACACUUCGAGACGGCGACCCGGGACCCCGCGUUCUUCAGGCUGCACAAGCAUGUCGACAACCUUUUCAAGAUGCAUAAGGACCAGCUUCCGCCUUACGCUGCCUCCGAGCUGGAGUUCCCUGAAGUGACGAUAGAAGCCGUCAAAGUGAUAGGCACUUGCAAGGCUAGCACACCGAAUCAGUUGAUCACGUACUUCGAUGAGUCGCACAUCGACCUGAAGAACGCUGUCCACGCUGAGGACCAAAAGCAAGAAGUCGACAUCAAGGCAGUGGUAAGUAGAUUGAACCAUGAACCCUUCAAGUACGUCAUCACGAUCAACGCCAAGAAGCCAGUACGCGGCAUUGUCCGUGUCUUCCUUACACCAAAGUUCAACUGGUUCGGACAGCAGAUGCCCCUGGAUGUGUCCCGCUGGGGAUUUAUCGAGCUGGACCACUUCCCCGUCAGUCUUCAACACGGGGACAACGUCGUAACGCGCAGUUCUGCAGACUCGGCGGUUACCAUCCCAGAGCCACGAGGUUUCUCGCAACUCAUGGGCGAUGUGCAGAAAUCCAUCCGCGGCGAACAGGUGUUUACGUACGACAAGUAUUACCGCCAUUGUGGAUUCCCACAUCGUCUGCUGCUCCCUAAAGGAAAACCAGAAGGCAUGACGUACAAGCUGUACGUCGUGGUGACGGAUUACGACAAGGACAUCGUGACAGCCGGAAUGAAGCCGGAAGAAAUUGAGAGCCUGCCCUCUCUUGGGUACUGCGGCGUGAUGGACGGUAAGAUUCCGGACGGCAAGCCUAUGGGAUUCCCAUUUGACCGUCGUGUCGUAUCUGAAGAGCAGUUCUUGACACCCAACAUGAAGGUUGUGGACCUCACCAUCAAGAACGUGAAACAGAAACCGAUCGAGUGAGAAACGCUUUCAGAUUUUGGCCGGACCACGACCUGCAUUGUCGUAUUCAGACGUGGCCACCUCUGAAGUCCUGCUUCAUUUAACCUGUAUUAUGUGAUCUGUAAAUCAUAAGUUUAUAAUCGAAUCUUGAGAGUAUUUUUCCAUGUUUCCUUCGUGUUUCCCAUAUCAGUUCAUUGAAACUAACUCAUUUUAUGUAACUCGUAUUCCCCAAAUCUGCAUGACACCAUAUCUUAGAUGUCAUAUAUCACCACGGACGCCAUUUCUUCUGCCCUGCGUGGAAGGAAUUCAAAUCCUACCAAGUUUAUGCCUGCCCUUCGAAGACCUUAAACUUAACGAAAUUUUUUAAGAAUUCAUUUUCUACUCUCUGAAAAGAUCGGUACAAAGAUCUGCUGUUUAUUGGUGGCUGCCUUAUGGUCUGGUAGAAGCUUACCGACGUUUCAGAAGCAGCAAGGACCUCUGAAACGUCGGUAAACUUCUACCAGACUACAAAGCGCUACAACCCAGAAGACGACCAUCUUGGAACUCACCGCCGUGAAAAAUAUCAAUUCCUAAAUGUUGUUAAUUUUUCAGGGAAUUAAGCAUUGUUUGUUCUGAGAACCAAACUGAACGUAAAUAUACGUCCUGUGAACGAAAUGGCCGAUUUAUUUAACUCUAAAGCAGGUGGUAUAUUCGGGUACGACUGUACUUGCCUUAAGAUUUAAUACGUCCAGUCCCCAUGCCCUGGUUCUACCUAUUCAGAUGUUCUCACCUGUUUUCGGGUUAUAUUUUCAUGUAAUCUGUUGCCACUUUCACAUUCCGUCCCGUCCUUGUGACAUACUUUUUUUUCUAACACGUUCUUCCUACGCGCCAGCCUUUGUGUGUGUCGUUCUGUGUACUGCUGAAAAUUAUGUAUGUCACGCUGGAAUUAAAAAAACAAAAGUCACUAGCAUUAGCUCUCGGCAAUUUAAUCUGAAAUUUCCCUCUCCAGUCCCUGGUCAGGUUUUGUGGGAAGUUUAUUUCCCCCCCCCCCUGUUGUGACACUUCAUUUUCCUUUAAGGAGACAAAAUUUGUUUUGUAGGGUUGGAAAUCCUGUAGUGUUAAAUGACACACCAUCAACUGAUAAACUGAUUAUGUGCUCUGUAUAAUAUUAGUGUUGCCAACUGUAAAAAGGAAUUUACUCUCAG